AUGACACAACCUAGUGCGGAGUCGCAAGAGCAGCUGAUACGGCACGUUUAUCGCAAAGCCGGCCUGGACUUCGGUUUGACACGCUUUGUCGAGGCCCACGGGACCGGAACCCCUGUUGGCGACCCGAUCGAGAUGAAGGCUAUCGGAAGGGUUUUCAGAACCUAUCGAUCAGCCCAAGAGCCCCUUUAUGUUGGCUCUUUGAAGUCCAACACCGGUCAUUUAGAAGGCAGCGCGGGUCUGGCUGGCGUGAUCAAAGCCAUUUACACCCUCGAAAGAGGAAUAAUCCCUCCCAACGCCCUGUUCGAGCAGAUGAACCCCAGCAUCGACGCUGAGUUCUACAACCUCAGUGUGCCAGUCAAGGGCAUCCCGUGGCCAUCGAGCGGUCAACGCCGUAUUUCGGUCAGCUCGUACGGAUUUGGAGGUACCAAUGCGCAUGUUGUUAUUGACGACGCUUAUCAUUAUCUUCAAAAGCGCGGCCUGAAUGGAAUACAUCGCACUAUUCCACAGGUAACAUCCGGAUUCUCUGAUUAUGACCUUCAGUCGCUUCGAAACCCUCAGCGUGAGACAUUCGACCAAGGUGCUCAUCCCAAACUCUCCAAUGGGGCAUUUGUGAGGGAGCGAUCACUUAUCACAAAUGGGGAUUCAGACAUGUCCAACGGCCAAAAGAUAUGCAUGGGUUCGGACGCAUCCGUUCUGCCGUCGGUCGAGGAGUCCUUAAACAACCAUCUUCUCGUUUGGUCAGCUCCGGACGAGCAGUCCCUCGGCCGUCUUGUGCAAUGUUAUGUGCCGUACUAUCAGCAACAGAUUGCGGGUGUUCAGUCCAAAAUUGACCAACUGGCAUUCACCCUUUCAUCGCGACGAAGCCGCAUGCUGUGGAGAACCUUCGCUAUUUCCGACGAAGAUGAGAGUUUGGGGAGUACAUUAUACACUGCAAAGCCAUCGAGAGCGUCAAGUGAAAUCGGAGGUAUCGCCUUCGUGUUCACCGGACAAGGGGCUCAAUAUGCGGCAAUGGGCGUCGAGCUUCUCCAAUACCCAGUUUUCGCACGCACUCUUCAUCAGACCAACGGAGUGCUUCGGCAGCUGGGUUGCACGUGGGAUAUAGUUGAGGAGCUACGUUUGGGACACAACAUCGAUCUCCCGAAAUAUAGUCAGCCAAUAUGCACGGCGCUCCAAAUCGCCUUGGUGGAGCUGUUGAGAUCCUUCGCGAUUUCGCCAAGUAUGGUCAUCGGGCAUUCCUCAGGAGAAAUUGCCGCGGCCUAUACUGCUCACGCGCUGAGCUUGGCCUCGGCCUGCAAAAUCGCAUAUUAUCGAGGCGAGCUUGCCCCGCGGAAUACGACAGUCUCUGGACCGGAAGAUGCUGUUGAUAAGCUCAAAGAGGACCUCGACAGGCGGGGCAUUUUUAACGUCAAGUUAAAGACCGGAGUCGCUUACCACUCCCCACCAAUGCGAGCGAUUGCGUCAAAAUACAUCGACUUAAUCGGAGAAUUGGAGGAUGAAUCCCUUUCUCUAGAACCGGUAGAUCAAGGUGAGCCGGAAAUAUCGAUGGUCUCUUCUGUCACCGGAAAGCCCAUCUCACCCAAGAUCUUGUCGACGGCUCAGUACUGGGCCGACAAUCUCGUCUCACCCGUAACAUUCUCUCAUGCCAUACAUCAUCUUUCUCACGAAUUCAGACGACUGGGAAGUUCCCCUAUCACAGAUAUCAUCGAGGUUGGCCCCCACGCCACUUUGCGCCGCCCGAUCGAUGACACUCUCGCAUCGGACGGCCAACAAGGGCAGAUCAGAUACAUCAACACUCUUCAUAAAGCUUUGCCGGCACAUCACAGCAUUCUGAAACUGGUGGGGACAUUAUUCUGUAAUGGCCAUCCAGUCUCCCUCGAGAGCGCAAAUCAGUUGAACGUGAAAGAUGGUGGAACCCCGCCGCCCUUUCUGGUGGACUGCCCGGAAUAUCCAUUCGACCAUUCUACAAAGUACCUGGCGGAAUCCAGGAUGAGCCGUGAUUAUAGAUUGCGAGAACACGUACCCCGGGAAGUUCUUGGAGCAAGAGCGUUUGACUGGAAUCCGUUAGAACCUCGUUGGAGGAAGUUUCUGAACCUACAGUCUGUUCCUUGGGCAAAUGAACACAUCGUUACUGGAACGACGCUCUAUCCCGGAGCCGGCAUGCUCCUCAUGGCUAUUGAAGCAGCAAAGCAGAUGUGUCCUGAAGAACGCUUGGUUGCAGGUUAUCUUAUCAAGGAAGCCCGUUUUUUGAACCCGAUGGUAGUCGGGCCCACAUGGGAGGAAACGUCGGAGGUGGUGAUCCGUCUACUGCCUUUACAAAAGCCAUACGAGAAGGAAUCUGUGUGGUCCGAUAUUCGGAUCUCGACAUUGAAUCAGGGUCGUUGGAGCCAGACUUUUACGGCAAUCAUUGAGACACAGUACGAACCCACUCAACAGACGCAAGUCGACAACGGCCGGGAAAGGAAGCUCCGCGAUGAGAUGGUGCUACGUGUGUUUCAGCGGCAAACGGACACGUGUCGCAAAAGCAUUGACAGAAAAGGCUUAUAUGAAGCCUUCGACGCGUGCGGCAUCGUUUAUGGUGGCGCAUUCCGGGUAUUAGAUGAUGUGAUGUAUGAUGGCGCCGAUAAUGCUAUGGCCCGUGUUGAUGUUUCGAAUGGAAAGCACACUACAGCGAGCGUCUUCCAUCCUGCGGUUCUCGACUCUGCGUUCCAACUGCUUUCAGUUCAGCAGUCACACGGCCUUUCAAAGAGGACCACGGCGUAUGUUCCCAGCACCGUGUCGGACGUGUGGAUCUCAUCUGCUGGCUGGCAGUCCCCUCAGACGUCAUCUGUUCACUUUGCCAGUGCUACAGCCGAAACGGACGAUAAAUCCUUCGAGGGCAAGAUCUAUAUUGUCAAUGACCAAGAUUCUGUGUUAUGUGUCGUGUCAAAGCUCACGAUGGCGCCUGUGUCGGGUGGUUCCGCAGAUUGGGAGGAAGCCCGAGAGACGCAAUUACUGUACGGCCUCGCGUGGAAACCUUUGCUCAGUAUGUUGGAUUCGAAAUCCCUGGAUCGAACCUGCAACGUCGCUAUGUUCUCCAGGAACGCAGCGGCCAUCAGCGAAUUUCGCCAGCUUCUCGAUCCCACCCUUGACCGAUGUAUCAGGAAAACGGCCAAGUCACUCACAGUCAAGGAUCGACAGCGUACUCCUAGUUUCUUGAGGAGGCAGAUAGAAUGGAUAGACCACCAUGCAGCUACCACUUCUCCUCUUGAGACAGUGGAAGCGAGCGACGUCGAUGACGAGGUGUGCCUGAAGAGGCUCGAGUCUAUGUAUCCAGCCUGGGGCAUUUUUCCUGCGAUAGCGCGCAGCCUGAAACAAAUCCUUGCCGGAGAGAGGGAUCCUCUUCAGGUUGGCUUCGAAACCGGUCUGGCAGAGGCUUUUUAUUCCGACGUCUUCGCAUCCCUUUGCGAUCACAGAUUUGAGAAACUCAUGGAUCUCAUGUGUCAUGAGCAACCCACCAUGCGGGUUCUUGAAGUCGGAGCUGGGACUGGAGGGAUGACAGGCUACGUACUUGCUGCCCUGGCCGAAGCCGAAAAACGAAACGGCGGGACAAGAUUUUCAGACUAUACGUACACCGAUAUCUCGCCCUCGUUUUUUGAGAACGCACGCAAUCGAUUCACUGAACAUGGAAGUCGUAUCAUAUUCAAGACACUGGAUCUUGAGGAAGAAGUCCAGAGGCAAGGUUUCGAGCUCGGAGCUUACGAUGUGGUAAUUGCUGGAAGUGUACUGCACGCUACUGCGAGUCUGGCAAGGACUUUGGCGAAUAUCCGCUCGUUACUGAAACCUGGUGGCCAUCUUCUCUUUCUGGAGACUACUGUUCCCGCACAAGCAGCAACAAACUUUGUAUUCGGAAACUUCCCCGGAUGGUGGUGUUGCAAGGAGGAGUGGCGACAAUGGAGUCCGGCGAUAGACGAAGACCAGUGGAACCAAGUUCUAAUCGACAACGGGUUCUCCGGCAACCGAGUCGUCCUUAGGGACUACCAAAGCACCGUUUGUCAUUGUUGCAGCAUCAUAUUAUCGACACGAAGUGGGACCAACAACCAGCCAUCCUCGGAUUCUGGCACCUUGGGGCGGCUCGUGAUUGUAACUCCAAAUCGAAAUGACAACCACCUUAUGAAGCUCGCUGAAGCUCUUUCGAAGCUGCUGGGCCGAUGGAGUUGCAAAGUCCUUCCUCUAGGUCAAUUUGAAGACACCAACCUCUUAGACCAAGACAUCAUAAUUUCUUUGCUGGAAGCCAAUACGCCCUUUCUUAUUGGUGUCAAAAAAGAGGAAUUCCAGUCUCUCCAAAUCCUGAUAGGGCGCGCGCGCAGAUUGAUGUGGAUCACGGGAGCUGGUGAAGAGAAUUCCGAUGAUCCGCGCAUGUCCUUGUCAAAGGGAUUCCUGCGAGCCAUGCGCUCUGAACACAUCGACAAACAUAUUGUCACACUGGCAAUCGAGCCUGACGUCAACGAGGAAGCCCCGGAUUGGUGUGUUACAUCUGUCGCAAAGUUGGCGGUUAAAGCUUUCAAGGCGUCCUUUGAGGAAGCUUCGCCGGAAGUCGAGUAUAUUGUGCGCGGUCGAGAUAUCGGGGCCCUUCGUAUAACGGAAAAGACGCAUAUGAAUGGCGAGAUGCGGUCACUUGUGGCUCCCCUAUUGCAGAGCGAGUCUUGGAAGCCUGGACCGCCGUUGAAGCUCACAGUGGGGUCUCCCGGGUUUCUGGACUCCCUCGAGUUUGUGAAAGAUCCCGCCUACCGUGAGGACCUUCUCCCUGACGAGAUAGAAGUCGACGCUAAAGCAUGGGGACUAAGUUUCCGCGAUGUCUUCGUGGCUCUUGGUCGUCUACCAGGGGAUGAUCUCGGCUACGACUAUUCUGGUGUUGUUAGUCGGGUGGGCGCUGAUUGUGAUCUGUCGAUCAAGCCGGGGGAUCGAGUUUGCGGAAGUACCCUGAGUGCAAUGCGCAUGUUCCCGCGCGCGCGAAGCGGCAUGGUUGUGAAGGUACCAGAUCAGCUUUCCCUCGAGGCAGCGGCAUCUUUUAUCAGUCCUGGGGUCACAGCGUUCUAUUCGCUUAUCGACGUUGCACGUUUGAAAAAGGGUGAAAAAGUUCUGAUACAUUCCGGAUGCGGCAGUACCGGGCAAAUGGCUAUCUGGGUUGCAAAGAUGGUAGGGGCAGAAGUAUUCACUACUGUUGGAUUUGAUGACAAGAAAGAGCUUCUGGUCAAAGAUUUCGACAUAGCUCCGGACCACAUCUUUUACAGCCGGGACACAAGCUUUGCACAGGGCGUGAUGCGUGUCACUGAUGGAUACGGAGUGGAUGUGGUGCUCAAUUCACUGGCUGGUGAUGGGCUCCGCGCUUCCUUCGAAUGUGUCGCACCCUAUGGGCGUUUUGUGGAGAUCGGCAAAGCUGACAUCACCUCUAAUUCCGCCUUGCCGAUGGCUAACUUUGCAAGAAACGUGAGCUUUAGUGCCGUUGAUCUUUACCACGUUGCCCAGUCCAACCCGAGAAUGGCAUAUGAGUUGCUAUCCAGGGUUAUGAGUUUUAUCUCAGCUGGGAAAAUACUUGCACCCAUGCCUCUGCACAUCUACCCGGCCUCAGAGGCCGAGAAAGCAUUCCGUUAUUUGCAAAGCGGUACCAACACUGGCCGUAUAAUCAUCAAAGAUAGUAGCUGGUCGCUUGAUCAAACCGCGACAUACAUUGUUGCAGGAGGCCUUGGUGGUCUUGGACGGGCCAUAGCGAUGUGGAUGGCCAGGAAGGGAGCCAAACAUCUGAUUUUGCUUUCCAGGUCCGGGCCUAAGUCACCUGCAGCUGCGGGGACCGUUGCAGACCUUCAGGAGCAGGGCGUUCAAGUGGUGACGCCUCUCUGCGACGCGUCUUCUUCCGAUGAGCUACAUUCUGUGCUCCUGGAGUGCAUGCAGAAGAUGCCACCCGUCAAGGGGUGUAUCAACUCCGCCAUGGUGCUUCAAGACGCCGUGUUUGAGAAUAUGACCCAGGCGCAGUGGGAGAUGAGCAUCCGGUCCAAGGUCUAUACAUCGUGGAAUCUGCACGAACUGGUCCCCAACACCGAGCGGCUAGACUUCUUCGUGCUUCUGUCGUCUUUAUCUGGAAUCUAUGGAAACAUAGCCCAGUCCAACUAUGCCUCGGGCUGCAGUUUCCAAGAUGCGUUAGCACAUUUUCGAACCGCACGAGGGCAGAAAGCUGUUUCUCUCGACAUUGGGUGGAUGCGCAAUAUCGGUGUCAUUGCUGAAAACGCGGCCUAUCGACAGCAGCGCAAGAACACGGCGGAUAUGAACCAGAUUGAGGACAGUGAGCUGUUGGCUCUAUUAGACUUACACUGUGACCCCAAUCGUCCGGUGAUGAAGCAUGAGGACUCGCAGUUGUUGGUAGGCGUGGUGACACCACGAGAUCUACGUGCUCAGGGACAGACGCCGCCUGCCCUCAGUAUGGUACCUGUGUUUUCCGGAUUCACACAACUUCAACGAUCCCAGGAAUAUCUCAGCACAGAUGGCAGCAUUGUUGACUUUGCAGCGCUGUUCCGCCAAGCGACGGAUGAUCAGGAUCGUGCCGCCAUUGUUGUGCGUGCCUUGAGCUCGAAGCUUGCUCGUGCUCUGUCGGUCUCAAUCGAAGACAUUGAGCGCAACAAGCAGCUCCACGAUUAUGGUGUCGACUCGCUGAUGGCUGUGGAGUUGCGGAACUGGAUCGCUAGAGAUUUUGGCGCAAAUGUUGCUGUCUUUGAUAUCAUGGGCGGAACAAAGAUUGCAGCUAUCGGUGAAAUGGUCAAUGAGCGAAGCCAGCAUAGUAAAUAG